AUGAGGAGAGAUGUGAUGGAGAUUGCGGAUUUAAUGAGGAACCAAGUAAAAAAGGGUCUAAAGGGGCUUCAUGGCAUGCUAAGCGGAAGUCAGAAAGAAGGCUUUCAUUUAGAAGGAUCUGACUUUGACCUUAUGAUAUGGCCAAAAUACUACAGGGUGAUUUGGAGUUUACCUCAGACUAGGUAUUAUCAUGAAGUCGUACAAAGAUUAUUUCUUGCGGAUGUCAGUCAUAGUCCUCCAGGAUAUGCUUUACUUCAGGUAUUGAUACCCCAAGGAUAUUCAUUUUAUACCGCAGAAGAAGUUUUAAUGGCAUUGGUCAUCAUGUAUGGUAGAUAUUACAUUUCUAGUUCAAACUACAGACAGAACUGUAGUUGGCUUGACUUUAAAAAUACACGUGUUUCUUUUAUGCAUGGUCCAUGUACCAGUGGAGUGCUUUAUAACGACGAAGAAUAUGAUUAUGCCUACUGUUUUGCCUGUGACUUUUGGCCUCCAUCUGCUUUCUCUUGGAUUGACAGAUGUCACUCAUGGCCCCAACCUGCUGUUGUUUAUGAUAUAGUAAAAAGUGGAUGUCACUUUGUACCAAUUGGACAUAAACAAGGAAACCAUCCAGAUGAAGAAUGGAGAAUUUCUUUCUCUCUGGCAGAACAGAAACUUGUCUACGCGAUGAACCAUUGUCAAUUACUUGUAUAUGGACUCCUUAAAAUAUCAUUGAAAGAGGCAUUUCACAAAAUACUUGGAGAUAGUAGUAAGUUAUUGUGUUCCUAUCAUAUGAAAACAGCAAUGUUCUGGGUGCUCCAACAAAACGUAAUACCCUACUGGCAUCCACAGAAUCUCCUGGAGUGUUUCUGGGUCUGCUUUAAGCUCAUUCUCAAAUGGGUCCACGAAGGGGUCUGUCCUAACUUUUUUAUUACAGAAAACAACAUGUUUCUUCAUAAUAUCUAUGGUGAAGCACAAAAGAAUUUAUUCAAUGGGCUAUAUACACUGUAUCAGAGGGGAGUAUCAUUUCUGUUAUUCAGUCCCUUGAUUAGGCCUUACUUUGUUAAUGUCCUUCAGAAUCCUAGACACUACAUUUGUAUAGAUCAAUGCACUAGAAUGCCUGAGCUUGAGUUUGAAAUUAAACUAUUUGCUGAGGUUGAGGCAAAAGUACACUUACCUAAAUUAGACUUCAAUUCAUGUUUGGAAGUCUUAAAUAUAAUAGAACAACUCAAUUUCAAUGAUUCUUCCCUUUCUCAGUACCAAUUUUUUGCAUUAGAAAGACUUAGAAAGUGUGCCCUUCAGAUUGCUACUUUUAUAUUACACACGCACAUUAACUUUAGUGCAAUUAACAAAUUGAGGUAUAGUGCUGACAAAUUAGCCUGCAACAUGCUUAAAUUAGCUGCCAAGACUGGUUGUAUUUCUGACUUGUUGUAUCUAGGAAUGUAUUAUUACAAGACAUUCAGAUUUAAGAAAGCCUUAUCUGUUAUUAAAAUGACAAAAGUCAAGUUAGCUAGACCAUAUUUGGUGUAUAAAUUACCUGUAAAAAUAGAGAGUUAUAAUGAGAACGUAGGGGGACAGUCCUGGUCUACAAAAAUGAGAGAGGCUCGAGCAGUUGACAUGGACCUUUAUAAUGAAAUCUGUUAUAUCAAUGAAUUAUUGCCAGAACAAAGGUUUAGUUUACAAAAUAAGUCAUUGCGAUUAACAAUUGAUGUCUACACAUUUUCACACAUGCUAGAAUUCUUUUGCUAUUGCAAAAUCGAUCCAAUAAAAGCAAAAUUAGCAUUAGAUGAUCUACAAAACAUUGUAUACAAUUAUCAGGGGUUUAACCACAAAGAAUUGAGGGACAUUCACUGGCAAAUUCUUGGGAUAUGCCAACAGAUGGCAGGGGAUCUGCAGGCUGCUCUACACUCUUACCAACAAUCCCUUCAGUAUAAAUUCCAUGGUUUACAAAGAGCUACACGAAUGAGGAUACAAAGUCUACACUGUGAAGGUGGUCUAUAA